GGAUCGGAGCGGCAGCGCUUGAGGCGAGUCCGGAUUGGAAUGGGGGCGCUCGAGGACCCGGAGAACGGAGGCGCCAGCGGCAAGUUACAUCGGUGCCGGCGGCUGUGUCAUACAAAUAUGGACGGUGUAGCUCGAUCUCUCUUUGUACCAGAUCUGAUUCAUCUUUCCCUUUCUCUGAAGCUAGCACGUCGGAGCACCGAGCCGACGAAUAGAAUCAGCAAGCCAGCCCCGAUUUGAUACAUACUACUGAUCUGUGUUAAUCCAUGUCAUACACUACUGGUCUCCCCUUUGAUGUCUGUUUGAUACUAGUACUGAGAUAAUAUAAAAGCCUAUCUAUCCACUUCUCAUCCUUCCAUCCAAACAACAAAAUAUGGCUAUCCAACACAACUAAUCCCAUUCAACCAAACAAUCAUAUGUGGUUAUCCCUAACCAGGUGUCUGGGGAUAUCACCAGCCAACCAACUUCGCCCUCGAACCAAACGACCCCUUAGUGGAGGCGGCUAGGCCUGCAACGUCGACAGCUUAUUUUGUUGCACUUUCUGGUUUCUGCGUGCCUUCCAGUCCUAUCCGGCUAUAUAUAAAUUCAAUACCCAACAACCAACGACAGACAAUCCUCUCACCCAAGCCAGCCACAGAGGAGAAGCGAGAGGGUUAGCAUGGCGGUUGACUAUGGGAGCAGGGAGGAGAGGUGGAGCCUGGCCGGCACCACCGCGCUCGUCACCGGCGGUAGCAAAGGGAUUGGGCAUGCCAUCGUGGAGGAGCUUGCCGGGUUUGGGGCGAGGGUGCACACCUGCUCCCGGAAUGGGGCGGAGCUAGAGGAGUGCCGUCGACGGUGGGAGGAGAAGAACCUGCAGGUCACCGCCUCCGUCUGUGAUGUUUCCAUACGUGCCGACAGGGAGAAGCUUAUGGAAACAGUCCGAGAAACUUUCAAUGGCAAGCUUGACAUACUAGUGAACAAUGCAGGGCAAUUGCUCUUCAAGCCCACUACUGAAUGUACAGUGGAGGAAUACUCAAAUCUGCUAACCACCAACUUGGAGUCGAGCUUCCAUCUCAGCCAGCUCGCACACCCUCUUCUCAUACACGCUUCUAUUGCCGGAGGAGGCAGCAUCAUCAACAUGUCCUCCAUUGGAGGCUCAAUCGGCUAUGCAGGCUCCGCAAUUUAUGCUACCACAAAAGGUGCAAUGAACCAACUUACAAGGAGUUUGGCCACCGAGUGGGCCUCUGACAAGAUUCGUGUGAAUGGCAUCGCCCCAGGAUUUGUCACAACCGACAUGCUUAAAGAUAUAGAUACAGAGUACGUGAAGGAAGAGCACUCGAAGACCCCAUUGGGACGGAGCGGCAAGCCGGUGGAGAUAGCCUCGGCAGUGUCAUUUUUGUGUAUGCCGGCAGCUUCUUUCAUCACCGGCCAGAUCAUUUGCAUCGAUGGUGGUCGAACCAUUAGUGCUUAGCCAUCACCACCGCUCCAUAAGUUAUUGAAUAUUUGGCGAAUACCACCGUGGGAGAGUGAAAUAAUAAUAAAUAUAAAUCAAUAAAUAAAUAAAUAAUGCCAACAAAUAACUCGCACCAUGGUGAACGCCUUUCAAGAAAUGUCACGAGAUAGCAUAUGUGUACGUGCGCAAAUUUCUGCCUAGUCUUUGUACUGAACAUAUGUAAUGGUGAUUCUAGUUAGCAACUUAAUUAAGAUGGAUUGUAAUGUCUUUUAUGCCGAAUGAACAAGACUCUAGUUACCCGCGAACAAAAAAAUGGAGAUAGCUGGAGGACUACUGUUCUUAAAAUUAGAUUAACUAUAAGCCCCUGCUUUUCCA